AUGGUUUCCUACCAUCUAGUUAUUUUAGUUCAUGGAUUAUGGGGUCACUUCUCAAAUAUGGACUAUAUCCAGAAGCAGAUUGAGGAACACAUCGUUGCUAGUGAUCCGGACGAGGAGGUAAUUGUCCUUAAAACGGGUUCCCAUUCUGGGUUCUUGACGUACGACGGUAUUGACGUGAAUGGAAAGAGGGUUGCAGAUGAAAUCAUGCAACAGUACGACAACUUGACCAAUGCUGACACUAAGGAUAAAGUCACCAAGUUUUCGGUUGUAGGUUAUUCACUUGGAGGGUUAAUUGCCAGGUACGCAAUUGGUGUGUUAUAUUUCCAAGGGUUCUUCGAUGACAUUGAACCUAUAAACUUCAUUACGUUUUGCUCACCUCACGUAGGCGUAUUAACUCCAGGGAAAGGGAUUACGACAAAGUUGUUUAACUUGUUUGUUCCAUACUUCUUGGCCCAUUCUGGCUCGCAGAUGUUCUUACUGGAUAAGAAAAUGGAUGCUCACGAUAACAAGGAUGGAUUACCACUUUUAGUGUGGAUGGCAGAACCUCAAUCGUUUUUCUUCAAAGCGCUUUCGAAUUUCAAGUAUAGAUCAUUAUAUGCCAAUAUUGUCAACGAUAAGAGAACUUGUUGGUUUACGUCUGCUAUUUCUAUCAUGGAUCCGUUCAAGUCUAUGCUGAAUGAGGACAGCAGCAUUUACAACUUGGACUAUAUACCUGGGUAUGAGCCAACAGUCAUUGAUUUGGACAAGCCUAUUGUCAUUUCCAGGGUGAAGCCGACAGUAGAUGAGCCAGGUGUGGAAAUUAAUUGGUUGAAGAAUUUCUUUGAAAGAAAAUUCAACUGGAUAAGAUUCAUUUGUACAUUGGUAAUUUAUACUCCACUUUGGGGUUGCUACUUCAUAAUGAAAUCUGGUUUCGAAAGAGUCAAAUUAAACAGAAGAGUGAAUUCUUUCUUUUUAGAUGCUUCUAACAAUUUACUUCAUUUAUAUACAUUGGUCGGAGACGAGGCUGUAGCGUUUGCAAAUGACAGCAUUUUGGUCGAAGACAACGACAUCGAGUAUAAAGCUGAAAAAGAAAAGGAUAAAUCAGAGAUUGAUGAAGACUCUCAAGACUCUGAAGCUGAAGAUGACGAGGAGACUAGAUCAAUCACUUCAGCUCAAUCCAUGGAGCUGUUUUCAACUCCUUUCACAACAAAAUUGAGUGACCAGACUGAUGGCCUCAUUCAGUCAGUUUUUGAUGCUAUGAAUAGUGAAAAAUAUAAAGAUUUUCAGUACAGUGUUAAGUCAAGCAGUAACUCUGACAAGAUAAUUAUUGAAAUUGAAAACACUAGUGCCGAAUUAGCAUUAUCAGACUCCCAAAAAUUAAUUGUGGAGAAUUUGAAUUCCCUUGACUGGGCCAAGUUUCCAGUCUUGAUCAGGAACACAAAGUCUACACAUGCAGCUGCAAUUGUUAAAAUUGAGGAUGAAUCAUACGCUGAAGGAAAGACCGUAAUAAAGCAUUUUGUGAAUGAAGUCUUCAAAACGAGCUAA